GACCCACGCGGCUCAGCCAGCGGCUGACGCACCUUUGAAAAGUUUCGUUCCGACCUUCUCACGACCUACAUUCUUCCCGGGCACUCCUGAGUUUGAGCCGGGCCCGGAGGACCUGGGCCAAGACUUUCGAGCGGCGGCCGCCCGCAGGGCGAGGAGCCGGCCUGGCUUUCCUCACGGGGUACCGCGCAGGCGUCCCCGGGACCGCAGCGCAAACUUUCUGGACUGUCUGAGGACACUUGUCCAGCGAGCCCCACUGCUCAGGGAGGAGGAGCCACGGCCGGGAACAGAUUUUUAAAGUCUUCUUCUAGGGGUUUCCAGCAGAGCCAAAUGUGAGAGAAAUCUUUCCGCUCCUCUGAAGAGUGAAGUGAGCAAAUACAACCCAGCAGUAGGUUAUUGAAGAUAGCAGCCCCAGGUUUUGGAAGGUGACAAUGAAAUGUGAAGAAGUUACAUUUCUCAAACUUGAAAGUUAGUGACUGCUUACCAAAUUUUAAUGAAAAUUAAAUAUGACUUAGAAGCAUUGAUUUAUGAAGGCUUACGAUGUCAUCGGUUUCGACAGAAAGCAAACUCCAGCAGGCUGUGAGCCUACAGGGAGUUGACCCAGAAACAUGCAUGAUUGUAUUUAAAAACCACUGGGCACAGGUUGUGAAAAUCUUGGAGAAGCAUGACCCCUUGAAGAACACCCAGGCAAAAUAUGGGUCUAUCCCUCCAGAUGAGGCCAGUGCUGUGCAGAAUUAUGUAGAACACAUGCUCUUCUUGUUGAUUGAAGAGCAAGCCAAGGAUGCUGCAAUGGGGCCGAUUCUGGAAUUUGUGGUCUCUGAAAACAUCAUGGAGAAACUUUUCCUUUGGAGCUUGAGAAGGGAAUUUACUGAUGAGACUAAAAUCGAGCAGCUAAAGAUGUAUGAGAUGUUGGUCACUCAGUCGCACCAGCCUCUGCUGCACCACAAACCCAUUCUGAAGCCUCUGAUGAUGUUGCUGAGCUCUUGUUCAGGAACAACCACCCCCACUGUGGAGGAGAAGCUGGUUGUCCUACUCAGUCAGCUCUGUUCCAUUCUUGCCAAAGAUCCAUCCAUUUUAGAACUCUUCUUCCACACUAGUGAAGACCAAGGCGCUGCCAACUUCCUCAUCUUCUCCCUUCUGAUUCCCUUCAUUCACCGAGAGGGGUCAGUAGGCCAGCAAGCUCGGGAUGCAUUGCUCUUCAUCAUGUCUCUCUCUGCUGAGAACAGCAUGGUGGCCCAUCAUAUCGUGGAGAACACCUACUUUUGUCCAGUACUUGCAACUGGGCUCAGUGGUCUCUACUCUUCCCUGCCUACAAAGCUAGAAGAGAAAGGCGAGGAAUGGCACUGCCUUCUGAAAGAUGACUGGCUUCUACUUCCUUCUCUUGUCCAGUUCAUGAACUCCCUGGAGUUUUGCAAUGCAGUCAUACAGGUGGCUCAUCCCUUGAUUCGAAAUCAGCUUGUCAAUUACAUUUACAAUGGAUUUUUGGUACCAGUCUUGGCUCCUGCUCUCCAUAAGGUGACUGUGGAAGAGGUCAUGACCACAACUGCAUAUCUGGACCUUUUCCUGCGUAGCAUCUCCGAGCCAGCACUACUUGAGAUCUUCCUCCGUUUUAUCCUAUUGCACCAGCACGAGAAUGUCCACAUCCUAGACACUCUCACGAGUCGAAUCAACACCCCGUUUCGGCUUUGUGUGGUGUCCCUGGCAUUAUUUAGAACUCUCAUUGGUUUACAUUGUGAAGAUGUGAUGUUACAGCUAGUUCUAAGGUAUCUGAUCCCCUGCAAUCACAUGAUGCUGAGUCAGAGGUGGGCUGUGAAGGAGAGAGACUGUUACUCCGUUUCUGCGGCCAAGCUGCUUGCCUUGACUCCUGUCUGCUGCUCCAGUGGGAUCACUCUGACGCUGGGGAACCAAGAGAGGGAUUAUAUUCUCUGGUCAAAGUGUAUGCAUGACACUUCAGGGCCUGUGGAGCGGCCAUUCCCCGAAGCAUUCUCCCAGUCAGCCUGCAUUGUGGAGUAUGGGAAAGCCCUGGACAUCAGCUACCUGCAGUACCUGUGGGAGGCCCACACCAAUAUCCUCCGCUGCAUGAGGGACUGCCGUGUCUGGUCCGCCCUGUAUGAUGGUGACUCCCCCGACCCUGAGACGUUUCUCCAGAGUCUGAUGGAGGAGGGCAGUGUGAGCUCGGCCUGCCCUGUGUUUGGGCUCCCGCAACAACUCCCCAGGAAGACGGGACCUCAGCUGUCUCCCAGAAAGGACAAGAGCCAGACAGAGCUGGAAUGGGAUGACAGCUAUGACACUGGAAUCUCCUCAGGGGCUGACGUGGGCUCCCCAGGGCCUUAUGACGAUCUGGAGGUUUCAGGCUCCCCGGCACCCAUCGAUCCCCCCAAGCACAUCCAGGAGAUGAAGAAGAAUGCCCUCCUGCUCUUCAAAGGGUCCUACAUAGAAGAGUCGGACUUUCAGGAUGAUGUGAUGGUGUACAGGCUGUGUGCUGAGAAGGACUCCGAGGACGUGAAGGAUUCUCAGGAGGAAGCUGCUAGGCCACCAGCUGAAGCCCAGGCUGAAGUUCAGAGUGUCCCCAUCAACAACGGCCCCCUCCUCAGCACCCAGCCAGAGACAGAUUCAGAGGAGUGCAAUAGGGACAAUUCAGACCCGUUUCACAGUGUGCCCAUGGAGCCAAAGCAAGAGAGGGAACCUGAAGCAGCCUCAGAAUCCAACUCAGAGUUAGCAUCCCCUGCCCCUGAGGCAGAGCACAGCUCUAACCUGACGGCCGCCAACCCGGAGAGCGAGGAUCUCAUUGCCCAGUAUGACCAAAUCAUUAAAGAGCUGGAUUCCGGCGCCGAGGGCUUGAUGGAACAGAAUUACCCCACACCUGAUCCCUUGCUUCUCACUAAGGAGGAAGAAGGGAAGGAAGAAGAGAGCAGAGGAGAAAAGGAGGAGGAGGGGAAGAAGGAGCUAGAAGAUAAGGAGGAUGACUUUGACUCUUUUAUAGCGGAGACGCCUGCUGUAGAGACUGUGCCUUCCCCAUUUGUCGGGAGAGAUGAGGCUGCCUUUGCCAGUCACCAUCCCGUGAGGACUCAAAGCAUCCCAUUCACAGGCCCAUUCAUCAGCGUAGUCCUGUCAAAGCUGGAGAACAUGCUGGAGAACUCUUUACAUGUUAAUUUGCUGCUUAUUGGGAUCAUUACUCAGCUAGCCAGCUACCCCCAGCCACUCCUGCGCUCCUUUCUGCUCAACACCAACAUGGUCUUCCAGCCAAGUGUCCGCUCUCUCUAUCAGGUCCUCGCAUCUGUGAAAAACAAGAUUGAACAGUUUGCUUCUGUGGAGAGAGACUUCCCAGGACUCCUCAUUCAAGCCCAGCAAUACCUGCUCUUCCGUGUGGACAUGUCUGAUAUGACCCCUGCGGCACUAACCAAAGAUCCCAUUCAGGAGGCUUCCAGGACAGGAAGUGGCAAGAACCUUUUGGAUGGACCUCCAAGAGUGCUUCAGCCCAUCCUGACCCACAGAACCAGGGUGGCUGAGGCACCCCCCAACCUGCCCCUGCCGGUGAGGAACCCCAUGCUGGCUGCUGCCCUCUUCCCAGAGUUCCUGAAGGAGCUGGCGGCCUUGGCCCAGGAACACUCCAUUCUGUGCUACAAGAUCUUGGGUGACUUUGAGGACUCCUGCUGUUAGCUUCUUUGUUUUUUUUUUUUUUUUUUUUUUUUAAUAGAGGUUCUUGUUUUGUAAGGUUUUAGUGUCUUGACUGAAUGUUAAAUGCAAAGCUGCUUACAAAGAUUUCUAUUUUAAUGUUUCCUGACAAUACUUGAUUUGUAUUUGUGGGGAGGGGAAUUUUCUGUAUCUUUCCUCUCUCUCUCUAGCCGGGCCUUUCCACCUUAUGUUAUAUAUAGAAUGUAAGUCUCAUAAGCUGGUUGCUCCCUUGGCAGUUGUCUUUGCUCCGUUUUUCCUCCUUAUAUUUUUUUGGUUGUCAUUCUCCUAUUCCUUUGAGUUACUCAUCUUGCAGCUCAGAUCACACCAAGCAAAUAUUGGGGUUCAGUGAUCACACUGAGCAAAUAUUGGGGUUCAGGAAGAUUGUACACCUGCAAUUAUGCGAAUGGUCCUGUUGCCUCCUGCAUUUUGGCCUCUGUUUUAUAAAGGAAGAGUAAAGAUGGAGCUCCUCCUGCCUCCAUCACGAAAGCACAUAUCAUCUUUCCCUUUGGAUUUUACUUCCAGGACGUGUGUCAUCCCCAGCGUGUGUUGCCUUAUGGUGCCAGCAGAGCCACUGGUCUCAGCUAUCUGCCUGGGAAGUCGGAUGUCCUUGGAGAGAAUUUGGAAUGCAGAUAAUUUUUCUUAUUUCCUGAGAGCUUACUUUAAUCAGCAUGACACUACCUAAACACUGAAGAUGGCCUUAUAUUAGUAAGAUUUGCACAAAAUUAAGUAUACCUAUGCAAACUGUUACUUUGGUUUGUAGGAGUUUGAUCAGAUGAAGAAGUGAUGGUAUCACAUAUAUAUGUAAGAAGACAACCAUCAUUAUUUUUAUAAGUGUUUUAUAAAAACAAACUAACUUGUGAAGCCAUUUCAUAGUGGGUUUUUUCAGGGAGGGUAUACUGGGUGGGAUGGGGAGAUAAACUAAAUGCAGCCCGUAAAAACACUGGUCAUUAUUUAAAAUUCUAUUCCCUUUUGCUAAUAAGCUGCACUUUGUAGAGAAACAGGAACUGUACAGCCCACUUCAGGAUCUUGGAUGUAAAUGCAAACAGGUCACCUGGAGCCCUGCAAAGCCAAGUGCCUGCUGGAGACUCACUCUGCAUGGAAAUGCUGGCUUCCUAGUAAUGGGGUUCAUUAGAACGCCCCACCAUGCUGUAUGAGUGUCCCUCUACUGCUUUGCAGCCUGCUCCAAGAGGCAGGAUUAUACUUAGAGCCACAGCCAUGUUAAACCACCACCAAGAGGGGAAAACAGAAUAAUCGUGAGCUGAAAAUGAGACCAUAAACAACUGAUUUUUAUGGAUAUUAAAUUCCACUCCCCUCUAUUUUGGGCCCAGUUCUGCAGGUGCGAAGCAAGUAACGAGCUUGAGCCUGCCUGUUUGGAGGGAAAUUGGAAGGUUCAUCUCUCUCUGUUCCUUGUGGGCAUCUCUGUGGAGCCCUGAGGGCGGCCACAGGUCUGGUGGUUGUGCCUCAGGAGCACUGGUUUGGUCUUAAUCAGGCCCCUCAUGCACAGGCAGGGCAGUGGCGGAAGAACCACACCUGCAAUGCUGUGAGGCAGUGGAGGCCCUUUUGUGCUUCAGGAAUCUUGAAGCAGCUUUGUAUUGAGUGAAUGAGAAAUUGAGAGCUGGCCUGUGAAAUGACAACAGGAGACCUGGCCUGGGCAGGGUGAGCUGUUAGGAACCAGCCUUGCUUUCGUGUUUCAUAGUCCAAGGAAGACACCAAAGGUUCCUACUCACUGUACAUUUCUGUUUGUCUUGACAAAUGGUUUGCUCAGCUGUGGUGCAGCAGCCAGAAGGGAUGAGGCACAGCAGAUUGGCCUGCUCCUGGCUUCCUGAUGUCUGGUUGUAUUUGCACAGCCCACAAGUCUCCAUUAGAAAAGAAGGUAGCUUAAGAUAGAGGAACAGUUGAAGAUGGAAGUUCGGCUGUAAUUUAUUAUACUCUAAGUUUGUUUUUGCACAUGUAUUUAUCUUCUUGUUUGGACUUACAAAGUCAUAAAAUGCUAAUGCCACAUCUGGAAAUUGAAUUCUUUAGCUUUGUAGUUUGAUUUACACCUUUCUCCAUUAUCUGGUGGUGGUGUUGAUUCUUCUUGAAUCCAUAUUUCUGCAUUGUAGAACACCAUGGUCCCCUUUGUGGAAGGUUUCCUUUGGGAAAAGAUUGAUUUUGUGCCUCUGUUUUUUUCAAUAGGUACUGAAAUAAACUUACUUUAUUAUUUUGUUUUUUUGAGACAGGGUCUUGUGCUGCCUGGGCUAGAGUGGAGUGGUGUGAUCACAGCUCAUUGUAGCCUCAACCUCCUGGGCUCAAGUGAUCCUCCCACCUCAGCCUCCUGAGUAGCUGGGAAUAUAGGAACGUGCCACCACACCCAGCUAACUUUUUGGUAUAGUUUGUAGAGACGGGGUUUCACCAUGUUGCCCAGGCUGGUCUUAAAAGUCCUGGGCUCAAGUGAUCGUCCCACCUUGGCCUCCUGAAGUGCUGGGAUUACAGGUGUGAGCCACUGGGCCCAGCCUGAAGUAGACUUACUUUAAAUGGGGACAGAGAUGACUGGUGUGUGCAGUGACAGGCAGGAGAAUGUAACUUCCCAUGCUGGGGUGCUGGCAGCAAACUCACACGAUAAUGCUAACUUCCUAUUUGGAUUUGGAAACUGGUUCAUGUUUCUGAAUCCAUUACAGUCCUCAGAGGUUUUUGUCCAUGGUUUUGCAAAAUGAAGUCAGAAAAUGGAGCUGGAUGUAGAGAGAAUAGGAAAACCCAUGUGGCUGAGUGAAAUAACUGAGAGUGGGUUACUUAGGGAGUGACAUGGACAUGCCAAAAGAAAAACAGCAGAGAACUGAGUCUAUCCAUGGGAGAAGAGCAAAUCCUGCACGAUUUGGGGGAGUGAACAUUGAUCUAGGCGGAUAUGAAGAAACCAGGGAGUGGGUGGGUGAGAAUGGGAACUCCUUGUUGGGAAAAAUAUCAUUGGCAAUGAAGUAGAAUAUUCCAGUCCUAAAGUAAAUCAGCAAGCCCUUAGAAAUAUCUUUUUUUGUAAUGAGUUGGGGGGAAAAUCUUAAGUAUGUUUGGCAUGCUUAAAGAUAUGGUCCGAGUGUGCACACUUCUCUGUGUUGACAGGCUCCUACACCAGUCGCUGUGCUCCUUGCUGGAAGAAUGUAGGGGAAGAGAAACCGUGGGUACCGCCCCCUGGCGCAGCCCCUGAGCUGGCGUCACUGCAUCUGGCCUGGGCAGGAAAGGUGAGGGAGCCAAGAGUUCCCGGAGUAUCACAACAUUAACCUCAAUUCAUAAUUCAGGGCCUGACUUAAAGUUCCAGACUGAGUGACUUCUGUGGUUCAAAAUGUAUGAGGGCACUGGGAUAUUUAAAAUUGAUUUUUUGGAAAUGGCCAAGUAAAUGUUUUUUAAAAUUUUACACAAAGAAAUUCCUAGUUAGGUUCAGCCUAAAACGUAAUUUCAUGGCUGGUAAAAUACAACUUCCCAACCAUGAAAUGGGAGUGCUGGAAUAGCCAGUUAGAGAUGUGAUUUUUCUUUACCAUUAGAUACCUCCUUUCCCUGGUAUUUAGAGGAAUUGUGAAGUGGUCCCCACUUUGUGGAGUAUUAUUUUGGAAAAUACUUUGAUGUGCUCGGGUUGGAGUGGAUGUCUGUCAGGUGUUAGGUAGGAUGCAUUCAGUAUUUUUAUAGGUCACCAGGAGUACCCUUUCCUUAGCAGGCGGCUUUUAUUUAGGUCAGAUAUAGUUAGUUUCUGUCCAGGAUAAGACAUCAUGGAGCCAGGGUCUUGUCAGGAAAGCAUCCUCUUAUGAACAGAAUCUAGAAACGGGCUACAUGAAUAUUGGGGUUGCCUGUUUAAUUUUGGCAGCCAGUGGGUACUCAGGGUUGAAAGUUGUUUCCAGUGUCUCCAAAUCAGCUUGGCUGUGGCUGUCAUGUGGACGGAUUCCCAGGUCUGUUUGAGGUUUAGGGUUGUGGAUGGGCUGAAUCUUCUGAAUCUGGAUCAGCGUGUCUAGGUUGUCUUCUGGAGGGAAGCACAGCCGCAGCAGUCUGGACAAAUCAAGUGCUUUAACAAUGGCAUCGUCCUCUGGGAAUAAUCUGUCCUUAAUACAGUUUUCACUUGAUAUAACAGUUUUGGUAAACUGUCUUUAUCUGGCUGCACCCCCUUUUAAGUAAGCCCUUAACUUUAAACGAUCCCGGCAUGGUGUUCAGUAUCUGCAUAUGCCCCAGUUCUCAUUUAAGGGCAGUUCAAUGUAAUUGCUAAUUACCAGCCCUGUAUUUACUGAAAUGGCUGUCUGUCAUGCUUGCCAUUUUUAUGAAACACUUUACUGAAGGUAAGCUAUUAUUGCACGUGCUGCUUCAAGUCACUGGCUCAGGCUGGUGUCGUGUGGUUUGCUGCAAACGGCAGCCUGCUUUGCAGUGUGAGCUCUUCCUGGAAACAGCAGUCUCUUGUAGCUGAUGCCACAUCAGCUUUAAGUCAUUAAGAUGAUAUUCUGGGCCCCUUGUUGCUUCAGCCAUCAGUCUAUAAAUCACACAACACUAAUUCUCCAUCAAGUAACAGCUUAAAACAGAAGACUGUCAAACCAGUUUAUGUUCCACCCUUAAAUCACAUCAUUGAGGAAACAUUGUAAGACAGUGAAGUUGAUUCUUCCCCCCCCCCCGCCCUUCUUUUUGAAUGACCAUUGUAAACCUAAUGCUUUAGAAAGAGCUCUCAGAAGACUAAGAAUGGCUUUUAGGAUAAUUUUGCCUCAGUAAAUCCUCUCUACAUUCAGGCAUUUAUUAGGCCAUUACUUGUUUUGGGACUACAGAUUAUCCUGGCAGCUCAUUAACUGGAUAAACAGGACUUUAGUGAAAGAUUUUCAGGGGUUCUUUAGGGAAAAGAAUGACCAGGACAAGGUGGGUGGAAGCCUUCAGUUCUUUGACCUCUUGCACCUAGAAUCCUAAAACUGAUCAUGAUUUUAGCUAGGACUGACCUUUCCUAGCUCGUAGUGUCAUUGUGAAUUUUGUUCCUGUCUUAAAAUGUUUAAGUUAACCUAGUUCACUGUUACCUACCCAAGUAACAAGACGGCCAAUAGGACCUGUCAGCAUGACUUCGACAUGCAUUCCAGGCAUCUUUCGGGGAGUUUAGAUUUACUGUAUCAUUUCAGAACCCAACAAAGGUGAUGGAAGCUCUUAGGCCAGAUUAAAUUUCAUGGAGUGGAGGUUGCAGAAGUCUGUGCUGCUUAGUGUGUCAGCUGACUUUUUAUUGGGACAAGUCUAUGAAAGGCCCACCUGUAACAAGGCCCCUUUUUGCCCUGUGGAUAUUUUAAAAGAGGGAAUUUGGUGUUGACAAUCUUUACUUACACGACUCUUGCUAAGCUAUUUGACUAAGGGUUUCAAUCAGAUGCUUCCCACCUCAUAAGCAAGGGUCAGCUCUAUUUGCAAAUAAUCCAUGAAUAUGUUUGUCUAAAACCUGCUGAAGAGGCAUGGCAGCCACUUCCAUGCUGCUUUUGGUAAUGGGUAAAGAAUAUGGCCUUUCAGAUAGAUCUGGUGGCUUUUCCCCAAUAAUCACUAUGUAGAAACUAUGCAACUAAAUUCAGUGGAAAUGAAAGAUACAAUAUAAAAUAGCGGGUCAUGGCCAUAAGCUGUGUCCUGAACUAACCAACUCCAAGCUGAAGGAGGGUGUGUACUUUCCGAAACUUCGAGGCCAUCUUAGUAAUUAUUUUAGCAAUAAUUACUAAAAUGUACAUGGGGUGGGGGAGCUCGGCUAAAAUAUCCUUACUUUGGUGCAAUAAUGAUCUAGGUUCUUUUUCCUAGGCCUAGGCCUACACCUUGAAAGAUAGGAACAGAAGUUCACUUUGAUGUGUAACCCUGGACAGAGAUUAAACAGCUCUUUUCUAGACCCAGAUGACCCAGAAUGUAGAAGCCUAGUAGUUGGUAUCACCAGUGUCUCUUCAAAAGGGCCCCACAAAAGGUUGUCCAUUAAUUUGUUUCAUACAGUAAGCGAGCUUUUACUGAAUAUUCCCUCUGUUAGGUAGCAUGCAGAGUGCUAGGGCUGGCACAUUCCUGCCUUCCCACCAGAACCCUCCAACCUCCUCCCCAGGCAACAGAACACAGGGUUUGGGCCUGACCAGGCAGAGCUGGUUCAAGCCAGCCUGGGGCAGAGCCAGUUUUCCAGCACACUCCCAACUUCUAGUCAGAGCCUCAGCAUUAUAUACCCAGCCUACAGGUGUGUGGAUUCCUGAGACAGAUGGCAAUGGCAUCACCUGUGGUGCCAACUCAUACAUUUUAAUGAGAUUUCUCCCUGAAGAGUGAACCAGUAGACCAGACUAAACGCACACUCAUGCAAGAAUGUAAAAUUGUAUUUCACUGAGGCCCCUUUACAAGCAGAGCCAUCUUUGUGAAUUUUUUGGGGUGUUAAUGUAAACAUAUCUUUAGAAUAUCUCAUAGGGUUUCAGUCAGAGCUGUGCUUUGGUUUUUUCCUAGCAGCAGUGGUAUCAACUUACAAGGUUUGGCUUUCAGGAUUUCAGAAGCUGGCAUUCAAGACAACAGGCAGUUGUCAGAGCUGAAUGAGAAUCAGCCUGGGCAAAUCAAGUGCUUUAACGAUGGCAUCUUCCUCUGGGAAUAAUCAGUCCUUAAUACAGCUUGCACUCGACAUAAUUUUGGUAAAUGUCCUUGUCUGGCUGCACCCCCUUUUAAGUAAGCCCUUAAUUUUAAAUGGUCUGGAAAGAUCUUCGAUGCUUUCUGUAAGGUUUAGUCACCAAGAAGCCAGAACUUUUAGUGAAAACGGAAUUUAUAAAACGAAACUGAACCUUAUCCUUUCUUACAAAAUAAAGAUCCUGUCAGACUCCAGUCUCAGACCACCUUUGCCCAUUUGUAAUUCAGACUUGCGGAGCGAGGAGAGAACUGCUUCAGCCUUACUGUCUUGUAGAGAGGUUUAGUGAAAAUCAUGUUACUUUAGACCCAGCAGUUUUCAGGACCGCAACAGGAUGCGGGGCACCUGGCUUCCCGGGUAAGGUCACAUAGUCUCUUAAAAUUCUGUCACUAACUAACUUUUUUAAAACACAUGUUUUUAAAAAGCCACCUCCUCAUGCCUGUCCAAAAUGAACCACACAACUGGUUACCUUUCUCUGCCUACCUUUUGGGCUGGGGAAGAGGGGCACCUUUCUCAUCACCCUCAGGGAAGUCCUGAGCAACUGUGCAAGCCAGGAAGCAUGAGUCGCUGAAUUGGUGAUGGAGGGGUGUCCACUUUUUCUAGUUCCUCAGCUGCUUCUGGAGCAGCGUUCACAAUGGCAAUGUUUUUACUGUCCUUGGUAGGCUACAGGUUCACAGCUUCAAAUCAAGGCCUCCAAGGAUUUUAUUCUCUUACAUCACCGUUUUGACAAGUAUGCUUUAAAAAAACAUUUCCAAAACUGGUCUUUCUUUAAGCGACGUGAGUCAGAGGUAACAAAGGCAUAUACUGAACAAAGGGGUGCUCCGGUGCCAUGGAGAGAACAGUAUUAGGUGUCACAAGCACAGGAGUGCAGACAGCCCUGCCUUCAUCGUGAUGCCUGCAGCGCACCACGAUUAUCAUGAGAGGUCAAGAUUUUGAUUUACUAAUUAAUUUAUAAUCUUAUUUCCGAGCAAAACAAGUCAAUUUCAUGUUACAACCUUUUUCUUGUUUCUUUUUAUCUUGUUUGGCCUGAGGGUUGGGGGAUUUGGGGGAGUUGUCAACUGCACAAUCUUUGAAGUGUAAGUUAAUUUUUAUGUGAUAUUUCAGUAUAUAUUUUAUUGAUUAAAUUUAUUUGAAAACUUA